UCACCUGGGAGCCCGUCCCUCCCUCCCCUGCUCCGGCCCCACCUGAGGCAGAGCUUAAAGCCCAGCCGGGGCGGCGCGCACGCAGCACCAUGCCCCCGGGCAGCCGUGUCCCCCUGCUCCUGCUCCUGCUCCUGCUGGGGCUCCUGGCACUCGGGGCCCAGCUGCCACCUGCCACCGGCCAGAAUGCCACCACAAAACCUGGCGUGUGCCCCGACGAAGCCAAAGAGGCGGCAAACUGCACUGAGAGCUGCCAGGAUGACGGCAACUGCAACGGCAACCUCAAGUGCUGCCUGACGGCGUGCGGCAUGGCCUGCCAGAUGCCCAACGCGAAGCCCGGCGACUGCCCGGAGAUCAAGCCGGGGAUCCCCAUGCUGGGGCUGUGCCACAACCAGUGCAGCAUGGACUCCCACUGCAUCAGCAGCUUCAAGUGCUGCACCAACGGCUGCGGCAGAAUGUCCUGCAUGACGCCGGUCUUCUAAGGUGCUGCCUGGACCUGCCAGCCUCCGCCCCGGUGAAGGAAAGCUGCUCCGCUAUGCCCCUCCCUGCACGGGGUCCCCGGGUCCCAUCCCGGCCGCUGGCGCUUGCUGCACCGAGCGCCCGUCCUGGGCAUUCGCUGAAGCCCUGUGCACGCUUGCCAAUAAAGCAGCCUCUCCCACAGCCCUGACA